UAAGUAGGCGGUGACGUUGCAGGGGCUCAGUCAGUCAGUCAGUCAGAGAAGCGGUGUCAUUUCAACAGCUGCUUACCCGCCCAUCAUUUGGGGGAAAGGAGAGGCUUCGCUGUCGUCUACUGCACUUCAGGGUCGUGUUCCGUUUGACCAGGCACAGAGAGGCCUUUCGCUGCCGUUAUUCUGACAGGAAGAACCCACAGCCGCCCUACUCUCUUUCCGCCGCUGUUUUUUCCGUUACUUCACUGGACAUACCUCAUACUCACUGCAGACGCGCGCGACGUAGAAUGUGACCGUUAAAGUUAUUAUUUUUUUAAAUUCUUCUUCUCCGCCUCUCGCUGCUGUUUAUAUUAGCGGCGAAAUUACAGGCAUUCGGUUUUAAACUGAAGACGGAGCGAAAGUAGCGGUCUCCGUGAUAGUACCACAGACAAUUCAUGGGAAAUAAAGCCUAAUGUGUACAGCGCCAGGCAACAAUAGCUCCUGGAAGAUGGAAGGAGGGGUUCGGCUUCACGAAUUCAAGAUGGAAAACGAAGAAAUUAGACUUUCUUGCGAGUAGCAGGAGGGUUUAUCGUCGGGUUUUUUGGUAGUGCUGGAGGGAAUGAUGGCGCGUGGUGUGGGUCGACAGACGGCGCGCGCAUAUUUCCACUCUGUCACAGAGUGAGAUACAGAGACAUCAGUCUGAGGAAGCAGUCGUCCUUCAGAAGGGAACUGCCCCAAAGCAUGACCGUCUGUCACUGGGGAGGGUCAGAGAAACGCAUUCCUGCAACUCUCAUGAACAGUUUGUCAUCCCUCUCGUAGGUCCACCUGCGGCCCUGAACACACCCAUCUGCCAGCUCAGAUAACCCUCAGGCUGUUUGCAACACAUGUUUGAUGUGAUUGGUUGUGACCGCCGCGCUUUGCUAAGCAUCCCCACUCUACAUCAUGCAGUGGCGUCGGCGACACUGCUGCCCCAUCAAGAUGACCUGGAAUGUCAAGCGGUCACUCUUCCGCACACAUGUAGCAGGCCUUCUCUCGCUGGCCUCACUCUUCGCCCUCUUUCUCAUCUACUGCCAUCAGGAUUUGCUGCAGGGCCGGAGUUGGUUGCGAGACAACCCCUUGGUUUAUACCAUGCGGGGUUUGCGCCCCCACAAGGAGCGUGCAAAAGGAAACCAAAGUUCACUGCGAAGCCUCUGGAAAGACAAUGGUUAUGUGCUCCCCAAACCGUCUGUUAACUUCAAUUUUAGUUCUCACCAGGCUGAGAUCACUGCCCAGGGGAUUGUGGGAUUGGAGAUCUCACCGAGUGGCAACAACUCGAGCACUAACGGCAACACCAAGAGCUUGCACAGGGAAAUGGGAGUGGGAGGGCGUCUGGCAGCCCAGCCUUAUCACUGGCUGCUUAAUGAGCCCUACAAGUGCAACGAAAGCAGUCCCUUCCUGGUUUUGCUAAUUGCUGCCGAGCCAAGGCAGUUGGAGGCAAGGAACGCCAUCAGACUGACCUGGGGCAACGAGAGUGUGGCCAUGGGUUAUGGGUUCGUGCGGCUCUUUCUGUUGGGAAGGAUACCUAAUGCGUAUCCUCAGAGCUCCAUUGUGGAGGAGAGCUUGCAGUACCAUGACAUCAUCCAGCAGGACUUCUUGGACACCUAUUACAACCUUACCAUCAAGACGCUAAUGGGGAUGAGCUGGGUUGCUCGCUAUUGCCCGCACGCCCUCUAUGUCAUGAAGACGGACAGUGACAUGUUUGUCAACACAGAAUAUCUCAUCCAAAAGCUGCUGAAGCCAAACAUGGCACCUCGGCAGAAUUACUUCACAGGCUACCUAAUGAGAGGCUAUGCUCCCAACCGCAACAAGGACAGUAAGUGGUACAUGCCACCAGAACUGUAUUCCAGCGAGAGAUACCCUAUCUUUUGUUCCGGUACAGGCUAUGUGUUCUCGGGGGACAUGGCGGCAAAAAUCUACAAUGCUUCGUUGAGCAUCCGUCGCCUUCACCUCGAGGAUGUGUAUGUGGGAAUCUGCCUGGCGAAACUGCGGCUCGAACCAGUGCCACCACCAAAUGAGUUUCUCUUCAACCACUGGAGAGUGUCGUACUCCAGCUGCAAAUAUAGUCACUUGAUCACCUCUCACCAGUUCCAGCCCAACGAACUCAUUAAAUACUGGAGUCACUUGCAAAGCAACAAGCACAACCCUUGCCUUAACAUGGCGAAGGAUAAGAGCGGGCGGCUGCGCCAUAGGAAAUUGCAGUGGGAAGGUCUUCAGUGAUUAGCCAGGGCUCAGGGUGCAGUAGUGUUAUCACAGCAUGUGCAAAAUUCAGCAGUUUAUGAGGUAGGGAACAGCACAGUGUUUUUUUGGUAUUGUCGAUUAAAACUAUUUUUUUAAUUUCAGAGAGAUGUUAUGUAUUGUAAACUUGUCUUUUUAAAGGAAAGUGAGAGACAUCUAUGUGUGCAAUAUCUAGCAUGCACAACAAAAACCAUCCAAUGGCGAAACCUCGCCAUUUUCAGGUGCCAAUUAACCAGGACAUAUUAAGAGGUUGCCAAACUUCCUCUUAAUGCUAACAUUCGCGUGAUAUUACUAAGGGCCAAUUUUAUUGAGAUCCUCACUGUUUCUGUAUACAAAAGAAGAAGAAAAAUCAAGAAUAUCAUAUGGUGGUGUAUCUGUACUGUGACACAUUUGAUUCUCAAUGAUGUCCACCUCUGACAUUGAGAUGAUGUUGAUUUUUCUAUCUACCUAAAACCUGCAAAUGGUUUACUAUAACCAAACCAAAUUAAAAACAAUAUGUGUAAAAGAUAAUAUAUGGAAUUUAAUUGCAUCAUAGAUGUCAGAUUAAAAUAAUAUUUUUCAAACCUUUACAUUGACUAAAUAUACAGGUCUGCCCUUGAUUAGGGCAAGUUAAAACUAUUUAUUAAAUGUAUUUCUUAAGCA